GGCCGGGCGGGGAGCAGAGGAGGAGGCGGCAGGCGCUGCUCGUCGCUCGCUCCCCGGCUCCGGGCGCUCCUCAGCCGCGCCCUCGGUCCUCUGCCCCGCCGGUACCUGCAGCAUGGACUCGGACUCCGGGGAGCUCAGCGAAGGCGAGCUGGUCUCACCUGCAGGCACAACAUCAAGAGAUCUCUCUACCAAAAAGCCUUAACACUGACCUACUGACAAGCAAAAGCUUUGCUAGUGAAGGCUAACAACGCCCUGGCCUAGGUCCCGAUUGUUUCAGUUCCAAGAAUCUUGCACUGCAAGCCCAGAAAAAGAUCCUGAGUAAAAUGGCAACCAAAACCAUGGCUAACAUGCUCAUCGAUGACACGAGCAGCGAAAUCUUUGAUGAGCUGUACAAGGUAACAAAGGAACACACCAGAAACAAAAAGGAAGCUCAUAAAAUUAUGAAAGACCUGAUUAAAGUGGCAAUAAAAAUUGGGAUCCUCUAUCGAAAUAAUCAGUUCAACCACGAAGAGAUGGAAAUUGUAGACAAGUUCAGGAAGAAGCUGAACCAAACUGCCAUGACAAUUGUCAGUUUCUACGAGGUAGAAUACACUUUUGACAGAAAUGUUCUUGCAGAACUUCUGAACGAGUGUAAAGACCUUGUGCAUGAACUGGUAGAUCGGCACCUGACACCCAAAUCCCACGGGCGCAUCAACCACGUCUUCAACCACUUUGCGGACGUGGAAUUUCUAACUGCCCUGUACAGUCUUGAUGGGGAUUGUCGGCCAUACCUCAAAAAGAUCUGUGACGGCAUCAACAAACUACUUGAUGAGAAGAUCCUUUGAAACUGUGCUCAGAAGCAAGAAACCAGCCAAAAACUUCUGUAUGGAACUGGCCGCCCUUCAUGAGCCAUGGUGAGCACGAGAGCCUCCUUCCUGCUCUUCUUACUGCAGCCUCCAGCAGGAGCCAGAAAGUGCUCACUUGGCUCACGAUGAAGGGGAAAACCUAAACCAGAAAGCUAUCAAUUUUAAUGUUUUGGUCACAGAUAACUGAGUCUUUUCCAAGGCGUGGCAUGAAAUCACUGCUGAUAUAUAUUGUUCAGAAAUUGAUUGCUGUACAUCACGAUCUUACUAGCUUUGUGGUCAAGGCUGAACACGUGAAAAGAAAGUAAGCUCAAACGCAUGGCUACGUUAAAAUAGGUGAUGGCGAAAGAGCAUUGCAUGGAAUUUACCCAGGCUGCCCUCGGUGUGUAUGUUUUUAUUAUUCCAACAGCAAGUGAAAAGGCUUAGACAGAAGGUAAGGCUGUGAUGCAUUAAGCUCUCUCCUUUUAACAUGAUCAGGAAUUGGUGUGAGAAUGCAUCUCUGAAUUUACAUGGUAUUUAAGUCUAGUUAGGGAUAAUAAAUAAUACAGAUGAGUACAUCAGAAGAAAAUUUAAAGAGCUGCUCUACGAAACUAUGUUUUCAUUAUGGAUUUUUGGCUUACACUCAUAAAACAGUUUCAUUUGAAUUUUGAAGAACAGCUCAGUGAUUGAAGCUCAAAGGCAAUCAAAAACAAACAGAUCAAGCAGAACCUUAGUUCUCCCAGUCUCAGGUGCUGUGUAUUUGUUAACAUUGGGUGAGUUUAGGCUGGAGGUUAUGCUGCUCUUUGCACUGAUACCAUUCUGUCAGAGCAAAGUUUUGUUUGUGAAGAUUUUGCACUUUAGAAGAGGAACACAAUUAAGAAACCACUUGCUCUACAAGGCAACAUCAACAUCUCAUACCCUCAAUAGAUAACAUUCAACCUCGGUAAAGCUCUCAUUUUAAUGUGGCCGUAGUAUUAAUUUGUGCCAACAGUGACAAAAAAAAGAACCCCACCUGCUAUGGCUCACAGUGCCAUCUGAGUGCAGCAUAUCCACAGCCCUUUCAAGAGAACACUGCUAACUCCGUGUGAGCUUCGUAAGCAACCCAUUGGUUCAGAGUGUUCUGCUUUUUUUUUUUUUUUAGUUUUUUAGUUUUUAAGCAAAAUAUACUGAUGUCUUGAAACAAAAAAAAAAAAAGUUUUGCAAAGACAUACUGGUUUCUGUCAAGUUUUGCUAUGAUUAAGGAAGAGAACCAGAGCAGAUAAGCCAGUUUACUGCUUGCAGAAUCUUACAACUGGGUUGAUGCUGCUGGCUGAGCCCUCUAAAGGAAGCGUGUGCAGAAAUCUCUCUUCUCUGUGCCCCAUCCCUUCUUAGGCUCACCUCAGUCUGCCAAGGCUUCAUCCAGUGUUGCAGGGCUUCUCCUUUCUCAUGACACAGACAGCAAACAACCCCACUCCUCUCUAAGGAGAACUUCCAAGCACUGUCACCUAUUACUUCAAGACAACAAAAAAAAAUUGUUUUCCCAUUUAAACUCCUAAGCACUGAAUUCUAUUCUUACUCUUCUGCCUUUUCUCACCCUAACUGUUGUACUUCCCUUCGUACAGUUGAGAAUACACAUACCGAGACCAUGUAUUCACUGCAGUUGUGCUAGAAGCAUCUAUUCCCAGAAGAAUGCAUUUUGAAGCAAGUGAAAAUGGCAGCACAAAGCACUACUAGAGCAGUUUGAUAAUGAUGUGAUUUUGUCGUGUUUCCUUCAAUCAUAAAGAGUAUAUUUAGUAGCAGUGAAUGUAGACUACUCCCUUACAGCACAGCACAGUAAUGAGAUAUGAACUUUUGGGAUUGGAAGUCUAUUAAGAUUUGCCUUACAAGGUUGCAAGUUUCAACAUCUGCAGAGCCAUAUUUACACACACCAUUAGCUGCUUUCUUUCUCAGAGCACGUACCUGUCAACCAAUGCUUUUGAACAGUAGUUAUUAUAUCCAACACUCCUGUUUCCAGUGCACAGGUCACAUCUGUGUGUGUGUUUCUCUUGUGGCAAACAUGUAAGUUUGGUUGGUUGGUUGUUUAGGUAUUUUUUUUUUUUUUAAGCCAGAGCAAAGGAUUAUUCAACACUGAAGAUGUCCAAAACAAAAGGGAUAUCCUGUAUACGUGACUUCAUUCUUGUGUGUUGCAAGUACCAAUAUUCCAGAUUCUGGUAUUUUAGACGAGCCAGCUGAACAUCUGUCAUCUUAUUUAUACAUCAGAGUAGCCUUAAGGAAAGAUGUUUUCGAGUAUUUAUCAUACGUGCAUAUCCAGUAUAUUCCUUGUUUACUUUUGUACUAGUAGCUUGGUAUGUAACAACAUUGCUCAAUACUGGCAAUGUUCAGGUCAUCUUAAAUAUGUGAUGUAUUAUUGUAUUUGUGGAUUAAAAACGUGUGAUUACUGCC